AUGACUAGCUCUGAAGACACAGUGUCUGAUGUUCCUUCUCGAGAAAGAAUUCAAGAAGAGAGGUUAGAGUUAGAAAGAAGAAGAUGUAUAGAAAAUGCAAGUGAUCAACAUCCGGAAACUGAUGAUGAUACUGAAGAUGAGGGAGAUGAAAGUGAUCCCGACGAAGAGGAGAAUAGAGUAUUUCAGACAUUUGUGGAUAAAACCAAUCUUAAGAUGUAUACAGAUGAAUUGGGAGUUCUACGUGGUCUAAUGAAGUAUAUAAGCAAAAACAUUCAAAUCUGGAAGACACAAAAAUUGAAAAUUGCCAUCAUUGGAAAUUCUGGAACCGGAAAGUCGAGUCUUAUUAAUGCCAUCAGAGGUCUCAAGCCUGAGGACAAUGGUGCUGCCCCAGUUGGUGUAGUAGAGACCAUAAUGGAAAAGCAAGAAUACGUUCUUCCGAGUAACGAAAAUAUCAGUCUUUGGGAUUUACCUGGGGUAGGGACACAAAAUUUUAACAAAAGGGAUUAUCUCAAUGCCGUUAAUUUGAAGGAGUUUGAUGCCUUUAUGAUAGUGUCUACCUCCAGAUUUUCAGAAAAUGACGUAUGGCUAGCCAAUGAGAUCCUUAAACAUGGGAGCUAUAUAUUCUUUCUUCGGACAAAAAUUGACGCAUAUCUAUACAAUGAGAUAAUUGAUCAUCCGAGUACAUUCAACGAGACUAGUUGCUUACGGAAAAUAAAAUUGGACAUUGUUAGCAACCUUAAAAAAUCAAAAUUUCCUCAUAAGAAAAGUGGUAUCUAUUUAGUCAGCUCAAGAGAAUCUUCCAAAUUUGAUUUCCCAGAUCUGCUGCUUAAACUUAACAAAAUAUUGAGUUACAAAAGAUAUCCCUUACGUCAAGUAUUAGAAACUCAUUUAAAAGGCAUUUUGGAGAAGAACAGAGAACUGAAAAAAAAUCAUUUUUUCUGGCAAAAAGUUAUUUCAAGGUAUGGUUUUGGCUUGAAUUCCUUUACAUGCAAUAUUGCGUUUUCCCUUGACGACAACACUAUUGAAAGUGUAUCUGAUGAGAUAGGCAUAUCGGUGAAUCAUCUUAAAACUGAAGAAUUGAAAUAUUUCAAAUAUUUGGAAGAACAAUUGGAGAAAGAAAAGUUCAUGCGUAUUCGUCAUGUCCUUUUCCCUGGAUCUCACGACUUUAAAUGUCGGUUAAAUGACGUGUGUGACGUGUUGGCUAAGGAUGAAGCGAGACUAAUUCAUCUACGAUUGAACCAUUUGGAGGAGCAGUUGCGGCCAUUUUAG